CUCAGGCUUUCACGUAGUUCCCCCCCUCCCCUGCCCCCUUCUCUCGCUGUUUUUCGUUCGCUCGGUGAGGAGGUCAGCGAAGAAGUGGUUUUGAAACUAGGGUUUGGUGCCCUGCGCAAUUUGCGACGUCUCUGUUCGAGAGAUCCAGGUUUUGAAUUGGAGUCGAGCGAAGCAAAUCUAGGGUUUGUAUCGUUUUCUCGCAUUGUGUUGUGCGGUUCGUGCAUUCUUUAGAUCGGAAUGGUGUUUCCUCUCGAUCUAGGUUAUUGAUUUCAGGGUUUUCUUUUCCCCCUGUUUAGGUUUUUCUCCCAAUUAUUUAUUAUCCGUUGUGCUGUUGAAUUCCCUCAAGAGAUUUAUUAUCCGAAACAAAGGAGGAGGGUUAUUAGGUUAUUGACCGACCGAGAAAGUGAGGUUUUCUUUGGUUUGUGGGUUUAGUAAGGUUUGGGGUUUUACAUUGCGUGGAUUGGGUGAGUGCAUAAUGUCGUGGUUAAGGUUGUCCCCGUCGUCAUUUAUAAUCUAGGCCUGUUAAAAUUACUACUUGAUCAACUAUUUUGUAAAUUUGUAAGUUGUGAAAUUUCUGAAUUUUGAAAUUGGUAUUGCUGGAGAAUAAAAGAAUACAACAUUAUUAUACCAACAGUCUGGUACCGGAAUUUUGAGCUUUUGGCAUCUUUUCAAGUCGAAUGCUAUUGAGGAUAACCGAGCAAAGCGCCACAAUUUUGGGCUAAAGUAUUGAUUUUUAGAUCAUUUUUGGAUAUUAAGGAAAAUAAUCCAAUUGGGUAAUGAUGGAAAUAUUCACACGUGUCUUAAUUUGAUACUUGAGUUGGAUUUUGGCUUAUUUCAUAGAUUUGGGAAUCUGCUAUUUUCUAAGAUUGAUCAGGGUGACGUUGAUUAUUGCCACAGUUGAUAUGUGCAGUUAUUGGAGGUUUUUCUUAUGGCACCGACCGUUCCCAUAGAGUUCACUGGACAGAAAGAAUCGAGGAAGUUUUCAUUGCCCCCAAUGAUGGGGAAGUCAAGGAAGUACUCUAAAGGGCAUUCGUCUGGUUUUGUCCCAGAUUUCCGGCAUGCAGUUGAGACGAUCGGUGAAUCAGAAGGUUUUGGUAGUUCUGGAAGGGUUGACACUGAGAUGACUGUUUCUGGGGAUUCAUAUACCCGCAAGAGGAAAUGCAUUAGCUUGAAUGCGGAUAGUUGUGAUAGUUUUGUUGUCCCAACGCAAGUUUUGUCAUUGUCGAAAAUGUCACGGUUGGAAAGGAAGGACUUAGAAUCGAGGUUGAAAAUGGAACUUGAACAGGUCCGGACACUUCAGGGGAAGGUUUUUAGUCUCAGUUCAAAUGCUGUAGUAUUAUCCCCAUCUAGUGAUAUCCGGAGCUGUAGUGAUGGGAAAAAGAGGCCUCCACUUGAGAGUUUCCAGAGGUCAUCUGAAGUAUUGGCUCCGCAUGGUAAGAAGCGGCCUCCUGCAGUGGGGCGUAAUGGGUCGCGCCCAAAGAAGAGUAAAUCUGGCCACUUUGAACCAGUUAAACUGGCUGCACCAGCAAACACUUCAAAUGCUUUGUUGAUGGAAAAGUGUAAGAUAUUGCUAGACGUUACGAGAUCACAUCAGUAUGGGUGGGUUUUUAAUGAGCCAGUUGAUGUUGUGAAGUUGAAAAUCCCAGAUUAUUUCACCGUCAUCAAACAUCCAAUGGAUUUGGGUACGGUGAAGAGUAAGAUAGCUUCAGGUGGAUAUUUAAGCCCACUCGAGUUUGCUGCAGAUGUGCGGCUUACUUUCUCUAAUGCUAUGACUUACAACCCACCUGGAAAUGAUGUCCAUAUCAUGGCAAAAACACUCAGUAAAUUUUUUGAAGCAAAAUGGAAGGCUAUCGAGAAGAAGCUUUCAUUGACGACUGAUGAGCAAUCGGUGCCAAGAGCUGCUGAUCACUUAGAAAGUGAAAUUAAUACUCAAAUUCCACCCUCAAAAAGGAAGAAAACCGUCACACAGAAUGAUGCCAGUGUUGAGCCAGAGCCUGUUAGACUGGUAAUGACUGGUGAUGAGAGGCUGAAACUGAGCACAGAAUUGCAGGCUUUGCUGGUAGAAUUGCCUGAAAGCAUAGUUGAUUUCUUAAAGGAACAUAGUGGAGGGCAAACCAAUGAGGAGGAGAUUGAGAUUGAUAUUGAUGCUCUUAGUGAUGAUACCCUGUUCACGCUAAGGAAGCUUUUAGAUGACUAUAUGCUGGAAAGACAGAAAAACCAGGAAAAAGCUGAGCCUUGUGAAAUUGAGUUGCAUAACGAGUCAGGGUUUAGCAAUUCAUCUUUGCAACCAUGUAAAGGCAAUGACCAUGCAGAUGAGGAUGUGGAUGUCGUUGGCGGUAAUGAUCCUCCUGUUUCAAGUCACUCUCCAGUUGAGAUAGAGAAUGAUAUAGCCAAUAGGAACAGUAAAUUCAGUAGUUCAAGUAGCUCCAGUGGGGAAUCAGGCUCUUCAUCCAGUGAUUCAGAUUCAGGCAGUUCAUCGAGAAGUGAAACAGAUGCUGCUAAAGGUCCAGUUCCUGUUGAUGUUAAGGAAAAUCUGGGCUCUGGGGCCACUUCAGACCCAAAGAAAAACGAUCUUGGUGAUUCAGAAAUUGAAAAUUAUUCGGUAAAUGGAGUGGGGCUAGUUGAGCAGGACUCCCAGUGCAAGCCAAUGUCUGCCGAGGCAGAUGGCCAUCAAGAUGGGGAGAGUGCUCCAUCUGAGAGGCAAGUCCCCGAGAAGCUUUAUCGUGCAGCUUUAUUGAGGAGUCGAUUUGCUGACACCAUACUUAAAGCUCGAGAAAAGGCACUUGAAAAGGAUGAAAAGCGGGAUCCUGAAAAACUGCGACUUGAGAGGGAGGAACUUGAAAGGCGGCAGAAAGAAGAAAAAGCUCGAUUACAAGCUGAGGCGAAGGCGGCUGAGGAGUUUAGAAGAAAGGCUGAAGCAGAAGCUGCAGCUGAAGCAAAAAGGAAGAGGGAAUUAGACAGAGAAGCUGCACGGCAGGCAUUGCUAAAGAUGGAGAAGACGGUAGAUAUCAAUGAGAACAGUCAAUUUAUGGAAGAUUUAGAAAUGCUCAGGGCUGCCCACGAUGAGCAUCUACAAAGUUUCGCUGAAGAGACGAGCCCAGAUCAUUCUGAAAAUGGUUUCGGUAGUUUCAAACUUCAGGGUAGUAACCCCUUGGAACAACUUGGACUAUACAUGAAGGACGAUGAUGAGGAUGAAGAAGAAGUUGAACCACCUGAGAGUGCUCCAGAACCAGCAAACGAUGUCGAGGAAGGAGAAAUUGAUUGAUCUGUUAAUAUCUUCAUAGCUUGAUUAAUCAGAUAAUAUCUUCAUAUUGUCCAACCGAUCACCAGUCGCGGAACAAGACUCGAAGAUCAUGAUCAACACUCAUUUUGCACCUUGGAUCUCCAAAUUGCGUCUUUCUCAGCUUUCAGGGGGCAAUUUCCUGCUUGAUUGUUGGGCGUCAAACCUUUGAAAUGAGUGGAGAUGGAAUAAUAGCAGAAGCAUGAUCAAUAUAGUAGCCAUGGGUUUGGUUUGGGUUUGGCUGUUUAUGAUAAAAUACAUGGUUUUGGAUUGGGAUGUGGUGUGAAGUUCUGAAAUGUGUUGGCAUGAAAUUUCUUGGUUUUGAUCAUUGAUGUGCUCUGUGGCUUUUUUGACAGGAGAUGUACGGUGUCAGGAUAUUCUUAUUUGUUUUAUUUUUUGUAAAAAAAGAAAGAGGAAAUCCAUAUAUGUAGUAGUCCACGUGAUAAUUUUAGAGAGGCGAAAAUGUAAUAUAUUCUGAAGUUGAGACAAAUGGCAUUUACUCAUUUCUUCAUGUCA